CUGUUGCGUCACGAGGUAUGGAUUCCAUAUCAUCGAGCAUCCAACUGGUGCUCUCUGCCCCAUGCGACUAUAUAAAAGCAGAAGAGUUUGGCGACCUACCAGUUGGUGAUAUUUAUCUCAGUCUCUCACACCACAUCUUUGCAGGAGUUCACAAUGAAGCCACAGAUUUUUACGAUUCAGAUUCAGGCAGUGCUAUUGGGUGCCCUUCUACUGCUGGCCCACUCAGUCGGCAGUCAGGAAGUAGAGAUCGUUGAACAGGAGAAUAACAUCGAACCGGACGGGACCUACUCGUACCGAUAUCGACUAACGGAUGGAACGGAAGCUCAAGAACAAGGUCAAGGCGGAGUGUCCGCCAACGGUGGAUACAGUUACACCUCUCCCGAAGGAGAAGUUAUCCGGAUAACGUAUACUGCUGAUGAAAAUGGAUUCAAUCCGCAGGGAGAUGUUAUUCCUCAGCCGCCACCCAUACCGGAAGCGAUACUUCGAGCGUUGGAGUACAUCCGAACACAUGCGCGGCCGGAGCAGUGAUAAGUGUGGUGAUAUUAUUUGUUGUAUAAUGUUUUAUUGUUGAGAAUAUUGUGAUAAGAAUCGAUUGAAAUCAUAAGAAAUCGUAAGUGUAAAUACAUGUGAAAUUUGAUCCAAA